AUGCAAUACCUACUAUACCUUUUCUCAUUUGCCGGUAUCCCACCUUUAAUGGGAUUCUUCGCUAAACAGAUGGUAUUUAGUGCCGCAUUAGAUAACGGUUAUGUUUUCAUUACAUUAGUUGCAAUAUUAACAAGUGUAGUAAGUGCAGUUUACUACUUAGCAGUUAUAAAACAAGUUUUCUUCGACAAACCCGACUAUAAAUUAAAUUCAGAAUUGUCUGAUUUAGUCUUAAUAGGUAAUAUACAAAACAGCGCAGUCAUGACUUCUACUUCAUUCUUUUUUAUAUUUAUACCUAUAUUAUCUUUUAUUUUAUUGGCUGUUAAUUUAAUCUUAGCUCCACAUAGUCCUUACGAAGAAAAAGAUUCUGCUUUCGAGUGUGGUUUUCAUUCGUUUUUAGGGCAAAAUAGAACACAGUUCAGCGUUUCAUUCUUUAUUUUUGCCUUGUUAUUCCUUCUUUUCGAUUUAGAGAUAUUAUUGAUUUACCCCUAUGCAGUAAGCAGCUAUACUAAUGGAUUAUAUGGUUUAUCCAUCUUUAAAUGGUAG